UCAAAAUGUAAUUAGUUAGCUAAUGUUUUUACAAAUAAUAAUAUAUUUAAUUUAAGAUAACUAUUUUAAAUAUUUUGCAUUCCAACUUAAUAUAUAAAAUAAAAGCUAAACAACACAAGGUGUGCUCUACUUUAAUCUAAUUCUCUAAUUUAUCAGAAAAUGUAAACCACUCAGUCUGAACUAUCAGCUUUAAUGGAACUACAAUGCCUCUAAUUUUCAUUUUUUUUCCUUCAGGUGUAAUAAAUAACCAUAGAGAACCAUAGUCGAUGGAUUUACCACUCUCAAUACAGGAACAUUUUAACUGUACUUUCUCCCUAGGCUAGAAAUCGUGAAGCAUGGGUGACUGGAGCUUUCUUGGGCGGCUGCUGGAGAAUGCACAGGAACACUCGACAGUGAUCGGCAAAGUCUGGCUGACUGUGGUCUUCAUCUUUAGGAUCCUGGUGUUGGGAGCAGCGGCGGAGGAAGUGUGGGGCGAUGAGCAGUCGGACUUCACCUGCAACACGCAGCAGCCCGGUUGUGAGAAUGUCUGCUACGACGAGGCUUUCCCCAUCUCACACAUCCGCUUCUGGGUCCUGCAGAUCAUCUUUGUGUCCACGCCCACCCUCAUUUACCUGGGUCAUGUACUGCAUAUUGUCCGCAUGGAGGAGAAGCGCAAAGAGAGGGAGGAGGAGCUGCGAAAGGCCAGCAGACUUAGGAGGAGAAAGAACUCCUGUAUAGAAAUGGAGGGGGAGGGGCCGCAGGUGGAGGAGGAGGAGCAGGAGGAAGAGGAGGAGGUGGGGGAGGAGGGCAAAAAGGAAAAACCGCCAAUCAGAGACGAGCACGGAAAAAUUCGUAUCAGGGGAGCCCUGUUGCGCACCUACGUGUUUAACAUCAUUUUCAAGACCAUCUUUGAGGUGGGUUUCAUUUUAGGCCAGUAUUUUCUCUAUGGCUUUCAGCUCAGGCCGCUGUACAAGUGUGCACGGUGGCCCUGUCCCAAUACAGUGGACUGCUUCAUUUCCAGGCCCACAGAAAAGACCAUCUUCAUCAUAUUUAUGCUUGUGGUGGCUUGCGUGUCUCUUUUGCUGAACCUGUUAGAGAUCUAUCAUCUUGGAUGGAAGAAGGUCAAGCAGGGCAUGACCAACGAAUGUGUCCCUGACCAAGAGUCGCUAGACCGCACUGAGGAGGUGGAGACAGAGGCUAUGACCACUGCACCCAGAACUGUCCCUCCCACCCUUAGCUACCCACCCAACUACAGCGAGGCCACGGCCGAGUUCAAGAUGGAUCCACUGCAUCAGGAGCUUCAGGAGCCCUCCCCUUUCUACAUUAGCAACAACAACAACCACAGGCUGGCUGCGGAACAGAACUGGGCCAACCUGGCCACCGAGCAGCAGACUCGGGAGAUGAAAGCCACCGCUCCCACUCCCUCCUCUUCCUCAUCUUCUUCCUCCUCUUCCUCCUCCUCUCCUUCCUCUGAUAACGAGCAGCAGCCCAGAGAUGCUGCUCCCCCCACCAGUGUUCCCAGCUCGAGCGGAGUCAGCUUGAAUGGCAGAAAAAGCGAGUUGGAGGAAAGGAACGUGACCACUGUGGAGAUGCACGAGCCGCCCAACACGCUCACUGACCUCCGGCGGCUGAGCAGGUCUAGCAAAGCAAGCAGCGUAAGAGCAAGGCACAAUGAUCUGGCUGUCUAGUCACUGACAGCUCAGAUUUUUAUAUAUAUUUAAAAAAUACCAAAAAUAUAAGAGAGUAUAUUGAAGGAAAUGAGAGGCAGGUUUCUGGAUGUACUUGGGCAAUUAACAAAUACAAAACAAUACACUGACAGCUGUGCAAUCGGUGAGUUGUAGUGUAGAAUUACAGCACUUAACUGAUUCAAAGCUGAUUGGCUGAAUACACAGAACUAAUUAAAUUGUUACAUGUUUGAAUGUAAUUCACAGUAUAACUUAUUUAUAGUAUUUAUUUAAUAUAUAUAUAUAUAUAUAUAUAUAUAUAUAUAUAUAUACAGUGAUGGUAUAGUUACUUUG